CAAGUUUUCAUCGAAGUUGCACUUGCUACCACGAUUCUUAUUUUGGCUGCCUUCGGGAAUUUCUUGAUGAUUUUCGUCAUGUGUGGGAAGAGGCAACUUCGAACUAUACCCAACUUGUUUGUCAUGAAUUUAUCUAUUGGAAACUUUCUUCUCGCUGUUACAAUCCUUCCGGUUUUUGUGUGGACUCUUCAAAGAGGAAAGUGGACUUUUAGCAAGAUGUUCUGCGUCAUUCAAGGAUAUCAGAGUUAUCUUUUAUUUGCCCUUACUUUAUUCACUCUAACUGCAAUAAGCUUAAGUCGCUAUAUACUGGUCUGUCAUCUCAACAGAUACCGGGAACUAUUUGACAAAAGGCUGGUUCUGAAGAUUCUCGGUUUCAUUUGGAUUAUCUGUACUUUGAGCUGUGCACCGCCACUUUUUGGAUGGGGUUAUUACAGUUUCAACGCGCGGACGGCUCUGUGUCACACAGACAACAGCAGUUAUUCCUAUAAAAUCACCGCAAAUACUUUCAUGUUACUGGACAUCAUCAUUGUAAUCUUUUGUAAUGUAAAAAUCGUGAGAGCAGUAACUUGUCAUCGCAAAAGGAUUACAGUAAAUGUGGUUACAAAGAAGCUAAAAGAUGGAGAAAGCCAGUUCAACAUGGCAGGAGAAGCGGAUACAAACGCGAAACAAAGCAAUAAAUUAUUAUUCAAAGACUUGAACAGUGAUUCACUUAGUGGUCAGAAGUCUAAAAAAUUACACGCAAACGUACACCUAGGCCUCUGCGAGGAUCGGUCUGGUGUGAUACCCGUGAAAUUCACUUUCUUAUCACAAAAACAGCAGAGUGCAUUAAAUGGAGGGAGACAAGACAUAAAAACUGUAAAUAAUCUUGAAGGGACCCUUCAUCUCCAUCAAAUCAGUUCUACAAAUCAAUCAAAUGCUAUCUGCCUAAGCAAGAAUUCAACCCCUACGGAGCACGCAAAAGAAAGUACACAUCAGCUGCAAACGAGAGAGACGCGCGGGGAAGACAUUCAUAUAACACGAACCGUCUCGCUUAUAGUUUUCGUGUUUUGCUUUUGCUGGCUGCCAUGUUUUAUCAUGGAUACCUUGGACGCGUUCGGCGUUUUCCCGCCAAGAAGUCUCCGAAUGGCGGGAAUUUACUUGAUAUUUAUGGACAGUGUCGUUUGUCCGUUAAUUUACGGGGUACGAAACAGAAAAAUAAGGAAAGUUGUUAUGGAGGUGCUAAAAUGCGAGUUUUGCCGCUAA